AUUUUUAUAGGAAAUGAAAAAGUAUGAAAAUAAAUCUAACAUUUUUGCAUCUGGAUUAGAUUUGACAUCCGAGAAAAUUCAAGACAAGUUAGGAGAAAGAGCAGAAAAAUUUUAUUCAGAAGCAAGACCAGUACAAAAUAUAACACAAGAAGAAAUUGAUGCUUUAUAUAAGAGCAUGAAUAUUCCAGUAAAUUCUGAAAAAACUUCAGAUAAACUAAGAGGAAUUCGUUUAGAUGCUAUACAUUUCAGAGGAGUGAAUGAUAUGAGUACAGAAGACAUAUUUGAUUAUUUUAAAGAUUAUUCCCCAUCAUCUAUAGAAUGGAUUAAUGAUAUCUCUUGUAAUGUGGUUUGGUUGGAUGAGAAAAGUGCUGCACGUGCAUUACUGGAAUUAAGUCGGCCUAUAAUUAUACGAUCUCGUAAAAACAAUUUGGAAGAUAAUUUGGAUAAAAAUGAUAAGAGUGAAACUUCAGAAAAAAUAAAGGAAGAAGGUGAAGAAGUAGUAGUGAUGUCAGAUGAUGACAUGUCAGAAGAUGAAGUGCAGGAACAUAUCCUAGAAAAUGAUGCUGAUGAUGAUAUGAAAAAAGAAGAAGAGUCAAAGAUUAGCGAAGAGAAUACUUCUGAAAUAAAAGAAAAAUUAGAUGUAGUACCAAUUCCAGUUCCUCCUGGUCAAUGGCGGUUAGGAGUUUCCCAUCCUAAAGCUAAAGCACUUUUACUUAGAUUUGCAACUAAAGAUGAUAAAAAAAUCAGAGGAGCAGAAAAAAGAAGUCUCUAUUAUAAAAAAUAUGGAAAUCCAAAUUAUGGAGGUAUGGAAUUAUUAUUAUUAUAAUCAUGAUAGUACAAAAUGUAAACAUAAGCAGAAAAAAAUUUGAACAGAAAUUUUCUUGCUUUAAUUUCUAUUUUUAAGAUGAUCAUGAUCAUCUGAUAUAUUUAAGUACCAUUAUUCAAUACUCACCAGAGAGGUAUAGUGACAUUUCCAUGAUUAGUACCAAAUUUACCAAUGAAGUAUUUUUUAUGUCAAGUAUAAAAAUGACCAAAACUAUUAAAUGGCUGUCUUAGCUGAUAAGAAUGGCAUUACUUGUGAAGCUCUUUUAUAAACACAAAAGCAAUGCUAUGCCUGCACCUUGAAAAUUUCACCAUUGUAAGGAUUUAUGCUGAGGACCAUUAACUCUGCAAGCUCUCAGAAGAAUUUCACUUGAAUAAACUGGACAUUUGGGAGUCAAGUGCACAGGCUAUCACUUAACAAGUCAGCUGUUAUUGAACAGUCAAUAAAUGAUGGUGCAGUUUCCAGUAGUGUAUGUAUAAUGUCUCAUCAGUUGGGUGUAUCCUAUGACACAUUCAUUCAUUCAUUCUUUUAUUGAACGUAUUAUAAAAGUACAUGCCCAUAGACACUAUUGGGGCAAAGAUAAUAUUUGUUAGAUACAUAAUAAUACACUGUAGUAUACAUGCUGAAUCAGUAUUAACAAGUGAACAUUAUAUCUAUUUUAACAAAAAAAAUUUUUUUUUACAGUGAAGUAUACAUGCUGAGACUCAGUUUACACAUUGUUAGAAAUAUAAAACAAUCAUAUUAUAUAAAAUAUGUCAACCAUGUGACAUCUUGUUACACGGUGAAGUUGUUGUACAGAUAAUAGAAGGAACCGACAAAACUUAUGUUAGGAACAGUAGGCAUCAGUUCAAUAGCUUACUUAAGAUCUGAAAAGUUUUUUGAGCAAGUCUUUUAAAAGUGCAGUAGAUCUUGUUGGAUCUCCAGAUAUCCACAGGUUGGCAUGGCCAGUCAACGUCUAGGUUUGAAAGAGACAGGCGGAGCUCCAUUCAUUCUGUCUCUGUAGACAUACAAUUGUAAAGAUAGUAAGGCAUUGUCUCUUAUCAUGCAGAUGGGACAAAGGUCUGAGGUCCUAUUAAUAAACCUUGCCAAGUAGCUAGCGAAUCUUCCAUGGUUGCUUAGUAGUUGCGUUGUGAGGUGAUCAGGUACGACCAUCUGAUUUUGAAGAAUUGUUUUAAAACUGGAACAAAGCAAUAAGUGAUGCUUUGGUUGAAGUUAUUCCAACGUACCUGCCAUUCUUUGAUAGCCUCUUCCCAUAGAAUGCAUUUAAGAGUACAGUUGCUUAUCUUCUGAUAACUUGUAGGGAUGGAUGGAUCAAGGGCUGCCUCUUUAGCAAGCAUGUCCACCCGCUCAUUACCCAUCAGACCCUGAUGAGAUCUGACCCAAGCAAUCUUGUGAUAGUUGAUGUUUUUAGUUGAUUUCUGAUUUCUACUGCUGUGUAUAAUAUUGUGGGCUGAUAGAGAAUCCGUGUGGAUGUGAAUUUCAGUAUAAGAGAAGUUAUUAGCUCAUUCGAUGGUUUUGGCAAUAGCCAAAAGUUCUGCCUGUAAUACACUACAUCUACUAUGGAGUCUAUAUUUUUGAUUGUGAAUUUCCAAGUGUUUAUCAAAGACUAGAAACUACAGCCAACCUCACCAUCAAUCUUCGAUCCAUCGGUAAAUAUGUUGAUGUCCGUGUUGGUAUGUAAGUCAGUGCAAAUCACAGUGUUGCUUUCUGGAGUUGUUGUUUGACAGAAUGGAAAAGGUCGUUCAAUAUCCUCAGGUUCUAUGUUAGUUGGUCCAACUUGGACUGCUUCACUCCAGAUGAGUUGAUGUAUCUUUUGUCUUCCUUGUGAUUUCAAUAUCUAUGGGUAAUUUGCGAGCUAAAACUUGAAGACUAUUGUUGUUUAUGGUCCGAUAUGCCUUGGUGAGAAUAAGUAGGGCAGACCUUUUCUUUUAGUGUGGACCUUAGAGACGGCCCAGCCCCAAGUACCACAAGCGUAGCUGGUGAUCGGGAUGAAGAUCAUAUAUAAUAGAAAGGGAUUCAGGGGUGAGGCCCCAGUCUCUCUGGGCCACUUGAGCGAAUGCCUGAAAAAUGAGCCCAGGCAGUUGUGUAUUCAACAUGAGCAUCCCACGAUAAUUGAAAGUCAAGGAUGACGCCCAAGUACUUUAGUGAUUUUUCUACUUUUAUUGUUUUGCCAUUCAUUCUUAAAGUAGGAGGUCUGAGAUAUAGGUUGGCUUUUCUGGGCUUGUUGAAUACUAUUGCUUUAGUUUUAUUUGAUUUGAAGUGCAAUUUAUGUUUGACUCCCCAAUUAUGGAUUUGUUGUAGUAUUGUGUUGCCUUUCUUCUCUAGUUCUGCUCUUGAUCUGCCAGCUAUCAGCAUCAUCACGUCAUCUGCAUAAGCUGUGCAUGAAUUCUGUCCAAAGCUCUUCCUGAGAAAGGCUUCAAAAGCUAAGAAUAUUACCAGAGGAACUUAUGUACUUUGUGCUGUCCAUAUUUUAGAAUUUCUUCUCUGUCUUUAAAAUAAUUGAGAAGUUUCAGUAGAUUUUGUGGGCAUUUAGCAUGUCGAAGUUUUUGAGUCACUAGGGGCCACCAGCCCUAUCAAAAGCCUUUGAAAUGUCCAGGCUGACCCCUAGGACAUAUUUAUUAUCUUGUAGAAGGCUCUGUAUAUUUUUGACAGAGAUUUCGAUAGCAUCCUCUGAGAUUUCUGAGGAUGGAAACCGAAUUGAGUGUUGUUUAGUUUGUGGUGAUGUUCAAUGUACCAUUCUAACCUGUUUUUGAUAAAUUUUUCUAAUAUCUUGCCUAAAAUAGGUAGCAGAGAUAUAGGUCUAAAAUCAUUGUUUUGUCCGGGCUUAGGCACAGGGACGAUCAUUGCCUGUUUCCAGGCCUUUGGAAAAAACAGAGUGCUGCAGGCAUCCAUUGUAUAAGUCGAUUAGAUAUGUUGGUGUAAUUUUCCAGAAGUAGACUGCUGUUUCAGAAUUUAUUUCAUCUGGAUCUGGCGCCUUGCGUUUAUCCAGUGUGGAGAAGGCUCUAUCUACUUCCUCUUUGGUGAACGGUAGGGUAUUUUCAGUAUUUAUAAGUUUGUCUUUUUCUGUACGGAUUUUACACUGCCAUUCUGUGUCCUCUUCAGGAUCAUCGUUAGGGCGAAACGAAGCCAACUGGGCAAUCAUUGCCUGAAUCAGAGAUGGGGGGUCAUCACUGUCGUUCUUAUUAGUCAUAAUUUUAGUUUUGUGCAGCUUGUUACAGCACAUUUUUGUGAUGUACCCCCACGGAUUUUUCGAGGUACCAGUGCAGAACUCCUGCCAACUACGAAGUUUUUCAGUCUUAAUAGUUUGUUUAUAGAUUCUCUGAGCAUUAAUGUAGUUUUCUUUAUGUUGUGCCAGAUCAUUAUCAUUUUUGCAUCUCUGGUAAAUUCAUCUUAAUUUCCUUGUUUUCUUUCGUAAAUCACUAAGGUGAUGGGUCCACCAUGGGACACUAUGCUUGGAGAGAGUUUGUUUGGGUAUAAAUGUUUCACAGGUACUAAGAAUAAUUUCUAUAUUAUAGUUUAUUUGACUUUCGGCUUCUUCAUUAUCUUCAGAGUAUGGGUUAAUUAAAUUGUUUUCCAAGAACUGUUUGAUUUGGUUCCAGUCUACUUUGUUUGGUGCAAACUUUUGCCUUGGUGUACAUUCCAGGGUCCAGUCAGGUCAAAGGUGAUAUGGGCGUGAUCACUUAAAGAAUCAUCGGGCAGAAUUCUCCAGUUCAAUACUCUGUUGGAAAAUCCUGAGCUGCUGGCUGCUACAUCUAUCCAAGAGUCCCCUUGAGAUGAGCUAAAUGUCGGAGGCAAGAGGGGAUUAUUAAGGAUCAAAAGAUUGUUACGAUGAAAGAAUUCUUCUAAAAGUCUACCACACCUAUCCAGACGCUCUCCUCCCCAAGCCAGGGAGUGCGCAUUAAAGUCUCCUGCAAGUACAAUGUGUAAUCCAUGAAAAGUAUCAAUGAUGUUUUGAAGUUCAGGUAGGAAGUCAUUGCUAUCCAUCCCACCAGGAAGUAAACAUUGAGAACAAUUAUCCUUUUGUCAUGUAUCAUAAUUUCGGUGGUCACUAUAUAUUCAUUAUUGAGCUUUGAGUGGAGUAGAAUUGAAAGGCUGGUGUUCGGAACAAGGAUGAUAGCCCAAGGAUACUGUUUGGUGCCCUUAAAACUGGGCAAUAAGUAGGAAGGCAUGAGGGAUUAUCUGCCCAGCAAUACGGCUCCUGAAGUAACACCAAAUCAAAGUAUUUUAAUUGAUCAGCAAGGAGAGAAGUAGCAGAAAUGCUUCUCUGUGUGUUACUCUGAAGGAUGCAUAGUUUAUUACAGUUCUGUGCCAUAAUCAGUUCUACUAGAGAUAAGUACUUUGACAUGUUGAUAAGACGGGCAUUUCACAUCACAAGCAUUGUGGUCGUAGUUCUUUGCUUUGGCUAGUUGGCAAUUGCAGCAGGUGGGUUCCUCACCUUGGUUCGGGCAGUCGUGGUAUAGAUGGUUCCCUGUGCACAGUCUCUAGCAAUGUGAUUAUAUUGGCAACACUUGUAGCACUGAAGGAACAGACA